AUGAAACAUGUUGGAGCAAACUAUCCAAACUUUAAUUGCAAGAACCAAAAUUAGUUUACUAUAGCCUUUAAUUAUCCUUUUGAUAACAUUCCUCAGGUUUUUCUUGUCCUAGAUCACCUCGGCGUUACUGUGAAAACCGAUUUUAGAAUUUAGAUUGAGGAUGUCACUAAAUUAAGUGAAAUAUAUUAAAUAACUUAAGAUUUUAGGUUAAAUGCAGUUUGCUUAACUGGUUGGGCAAAUUGUGUUAUAUUAAAGUGGUAUGCUAUCGAUGAUUAGAGAUUUUAAAUAGUCAAUGCUUUUAAUACAAUAGAUUUAACUUAAAAGAAAUUUCAACACAAGAAUAAAAAUGUGAAUACAGAAAUUGGCCUCAUUACUUUGAUAAGACAUAAUUUUGAUGAAAUCAACUUUAACCUCACAGUACUUUUUUAUCUAAAAAUGAGAUCAAUGAAAUUACAAGCGAUGAUGUAACAGUCUCUCUGGUAAAAGUGCCUGCAGAUUUUCCAAAAUUGGUUUAAGUGGGAUUUCAAAUUAUUUUAGGACCAAAAGAAGCAUUUUAGAAUUUCUUUUCUAAUUAUUCUACCAAUGAUUUGUAUAACUUUUUGAAGGGAGAUAAAAUGCAUGGUUUAUAACUCCAUUUACUGGAAUGGGAUAUCCUGACACUGAUGCUGUGA